AACCCACCAGGUGUUACUUCUAGAUCGUCGACUUCGCCGUCGCCACGUGGCUCCUGGUCCGUCAUUGGCGGCGAGAUUAGGGACGAGACCGUUACCCAGCGGAUUUCCCAGUUUCGCGUGGUACAGUAGAUACCAGUCUCUUUAUCGACGUUAGGGUAGCAUCAGCAGUGUUUUCAGUAAGCGAGCUUUGCGGGUGCAAUGGCUACCUCUAUCGUCCGCAUCCCUUCAUUCGUUCUCGACAGUCGGUAGUAUUGGUCUAUGCCUCUCGAGAAACACGCGUCAGAUCGAUCGCAUCAGCCUUCGCACCCGUCCCCAUCGCUAGAUCUACAACCGCAGCCGAUCGACCACCUUGUUAGAAAAAUUUAGGCGAGCAGAUGACAUUAGACGACCGAGUGACGAGAUCGGCAGGUCGGUCAGCUGUCACGAGAUCAGAAUCCGCGUUUUGAUCAGCAUCGCAGAUCUUUCACCCCUUCCGCUUGCAUCGGCGCAUUUCCAUGGACGGGUCCUCUAAUCCGUCGCUCCCAGGAAACUCCCUUCUCACCGCCGCACCUCCCUCCCAGUCACCCUUAUCGUCGUCUCCCCUCACCCCGCCUCCCGCUCUUCCCCGUACUAUCCCGCAAGCGGGACUCGCUUCCGCAAACCAUCAGCUAGCGCAACCUUGUUCCGCCGCACCCGGCGCGACUUCCGUCAUCGCGUCUGGCGCAAUCGGAAACCCCGCAAUGUCGCAUCCCCUUGCCUUACAGGCUUCCGCAAUGCGGCCUGUUGCGGCUGCGCCCGGGAGAGUUCCGCGGAUUGCGCAGGUAACGUCAGCGCGGGUGACCCCUCAGCCUCCGCCUCAGUCUUCCCCUUCCCCUCAGUCUGCGCCUGCCCCAGCGUCCUCUUCGCCUCAGCCUUCGCCGCAGCAGGUGCAGCAAAGUCAGAGGCAGCAGCAACUGCAAUCGCAGCAGCAGCAAUCUUUGCAGUCGCAUCAGCAGGCGGCUCAAACGCCGCCGCCGCAGCAGCAGCAGAUCUCACAGCCGCAGGCGCAGCAGCAGCAGCACACACCUCAAAAACCGUCGUUGCUGCAUCCACUGCCUCCCCGCGUGCACCAACAACCGAGACCCAUAGCCAUUCGGCCAGUGCAAGCAACGGUACAGCAGCAGGCGCAGCACUUUCAACACCAAACGUCACCCCUUGCAUCGAAAAUACCCCCACAGCAGGCACAGCAACCAACGCACCCGGUGCUUCCGUCGAGCCAGAAGCAGCAACCUUUGCAGCAGCAGGGCAUGCCAGCUCAGGGAAGCUUUCUUUCAGCGCAGCAGCAGGGGACGCAAGCGUCUCAGCAGCUGCUGCAGCAACAGCGGCAACAGCAGCUGCAGCAACGGCAGCAACAGCUACAGCAGCAGCAACUGCAGCAACAGCAACAUCAACAGCGGCAGCAGCAACAACAACAACAGCAACAGCAGCAACAACAGCAACAGGGGCAACAGGGGCAACAGCAGCAACAGCAGCAACAGGGGCAACAGGGGCAACAGCAGCAACAGCAACAGCAACAGCAACAGGGGCAACAGGGAGUCGCUCAGGCGCAAACACAGCAGCAGCUGAUGAAGCAGCUGCAGCCGUUGUUGCUGCAGCAACAAAAGCAGCGCCAGGCGCAACAGUACGCCCAGCAGCAGCAGCAGCAACAAUUGCAGCCAGAAAUGCUUCAGAAACUGCAAGCCACGCAACAAAGCUCACUCCAGCAGCAGCAGAAGCAUUCGCAGCAGCCGCUGUUGCCGCAGCAGCAGCAGCAGCAGCAGCAUGCAUUGCAACAGCAACAGCGAAAUCCGCAGCAACAACAGCAGCCACAGCAGCAGCAGCAGCUAAGGCAGGGUCCUCAUGCGUCACCGGCACUGCUAGCGCAGCAGGUGAACGCGUCUCAGCAGAGAGCGCUGCAGCAGGACCAGCUGCUUCAGAAGCUCACCCCGCAGCAGCGGCACCUGCUGUCGCAGACGUUUCAGCAGCAGCAGCAGCAGCAGCAAAUGCAAAUGCAGCAGCAGCAGCAGCACACGCAGCAGCACACGCAGCAGCAAGGCGGUGCACUGCAUCCACAGAACCAUCCCCAGCACAAGCCACUGGCCCCAAAGCCUCAGGCGCCGCCCCCUGCAUUGCUGCCGCUUUACCAGCUGCACCCCCCGCAGCCCCUAAACUCAUCCCCUCAGGUGGCAAACGCGUCCCAUCCUGCCCAGUCGCACGUGCAGAACCAGAGUGCAGUGCAGGCGCAGCAGACACAGCGCAAAGGGCAGGCGGGCGCACAGGCGGCAGCACAGGCACAGCUGCAGACACAAGCCCAGUCGGCGUCACAGGUGCAGGCGCAGCCGCGAGCAGGGGCGCAGGCGCAAGUGGGUGCCCAGCUGCUGCUGCCUACCGGGGCAGGUGGAGCGGAGCAGCAGAUGAAACCUCCUAUGAGUGCAGCAGCCAAACAGGUACAGGCGAGGAUGGUGCAGGCACAGCAACAGGCGCAGGCACAGCAACAGGCGCAGGCACAGCAACAGGCGCAGGCACAGCAACAGGCGCAGGCACAGGCCCAGCAGGGGCUGCAGGGGCGGCAGGGGCAGCAGCAGGGGCAGCAGCAGAUUAAUGCCCAGAGGCAGCGGCUUCAGCAGCAAGUGGAAGGGUUUCUGCAGCAGCAACAGGCCGUACAGGGGCAGGGCCAGGGGCAGCAGCAGGUGCAGGGGCAGCAGCAGGAGCAGGGGCAACAGCAGGGCCGACAGCAGGGGCAAGUGCAGGGGCAGGGGCUGGCGGUGCAGGCUGUGCAUCAGCAGGGGAAGGUACAGCAACAGCAGCAGCCACUGAAGCAGGCACAACAGCAGCAGCCAGUGCCAAAGCCACAGCAUCACCAGAAAUCACAACCACAGCAGAAGCAGCAGCAGGCACAAGCACAAGCACAUGUACAGGCACAGGCACAGCAGCGGGUGCAGCAGGCUCAACCAAGGCGAGCUCAAGACAAGUCUCACCACCCCCUUGAGCUGCCCGCCCUCUCCUCCUCCCGCCUGCCCCGACUCACCUCACCGUCCUCUCAACUCAAGCGGCCCGCCGCCCAAGCAACCCCCUCAGUUGCGGCAAAAACUGAGAACCAAACCGGCAAUGGGCCCUCUGGCCCUGCUGCCCCUUCCCCAUCGCCUCCCCUGCCCCAUGGCUCUCACACAGCAGGGCAGGGAUCUGGCACAACCAGGCGAAGUCUUGCUGGCUCAGGGAGAGGGGCAGGUGAUUUCUCAGGUGGUCAUGUGAAGGAUGGGUUGGUGCCAGGUGGGGUGCCAGGUAAGGCCCUUGCAGAGGUGAAGAGGGUUGGGGUGGGUGUGCAGCAGGCAGUGGCGGGGAGGGGGGCUGCUGAUGCCAAGGCUGCAGCUGAGGCGGCUGCAGCAGCAGCAGCGCAGGCGGAGAGGGAGAAGUUGAGGCGGAGGAAAAUGCAGAUGCGGGCGCUGCAAGCCGUGCUCUCCCACUGCUCUGCCGAGUCCACAAGAGCACACAAGCUCCGCCUGCAGAGGCUCCGUGAGGCUGACGAAGCUGCAGCGCAGGCUCGGGCCGAGGCUCUGGCUCGGUACACGAGCAACGCGGAGCUGCUGCAGGAGAUAUUCUCCUGCGACUCCACGCAGCUCUCUUGCCUCGCCUCCUGUGCCAUGAUGCGCAGCCGUGCGGGCCCUUCUGGCGCUCAUGGGGAGCAGGAUGUAGCAGAGGGAGGCGAGGGGGGUGAUGGGGAGGAGGAGGUGAAUGUGUGUGUGGCAGAGGCGGGGUUUGAGAUGCUUGCUGCUGUGGCAGCUGAAGGCUGUGGAAGGGAGACUGGGGAGGGGAAUGCGGGGUCCUGUGGGGCUGAUUCUAGAGCUGCUGGUGCUUCUUCGGCUGCUGUUGGUCUGACAGGGUCGCGGCUUACGGUGGCACCGUACGGAACUUUAACGAGUGGUCCGUCCGUUCUAUUGACUAAGUCUUCUGCCGGAUUUCGAGCAGGAGAGGGGGCUGUCGGAGUGGCCAAUGAGGGGAAGCGGUGGGCACAGGAGGUGGCUGUCAUGGCAGCUGACUUUGACCCUGUGACGAUGGGAUUCAGAAGUCAGCAGGCAGGCAGGGAGCAGACUGCAGGGAUACAUGAGGUUGGUGGGAAGAGGCCCAGGGGGGAGGGUGGAGAGGGAGAGAUUGAGGAGGUAGGACGUGGCGGGAGGAGGAGAAUGUGGGGUGCGGCUUGGGAUGAUGCGGCACCAUCGGCACCUGUGUUCACAAAUCAUGCUUCACGUCACUGGGGUGGUCGAUGGGGGGAAGGCUCUGUUGCAAGUGCUUCUGAAGCAGUUGCUGUUGACGACACAGAGGAUGAUGUAGAGGAGAUGGAUGAUGAAGAGAAGAGGUUUGAAGAGAUGCUGGAGGAGAGGAAUAAGAAGAUGGACGAGUUUGAGAAGAUCAUGACAGUAGCAGCUGCAGCAUCAAGUGCAAGUGACAUUGGAAAUUGUGAAGCAGUGUUUGCGUCAUGUUUCCCCCAUCUGCAAGGGGAAAAGAAGCUUUGAUCGAUUUCUGUGGAUGGUGUGUACUCAAGUCUCUAACCAUUCUGAUUAUAUGACUAAUUUGAGAAAUU